CUAAGCUAAGCCCCAGCUAGUUUAGCUCGUAAGGUUCCUGUGUGGGAAAAAAAAAUGUGACUCUCUCAAAUCACGGUAAACGUGUGGCAAAGAUGUCAGCAUUUCGUGUCGCUUUCUCCCCGACGACGGUAUAUCGGCCGUCAUUUUGUCGGUUAAUAAACCAUGUUUUCUCACGAACAAACAUGGGUAACCUCCACAGGAGACGCACCAUGGCCUGCCUGCGUCUCCUGAACGCACCGCGUCUGUUCAGCUCACACCACCCAAAGGUCCCACAAGUGCCAACAUGGUCACCAGCAUCAGAGGACCAGCUUCCUGAGGCUGCACACAUCCCUGCUGAUCUGGUGGACAAGCUGGAGCGACUGGCCUUGGUGGAUUUCCGCACCAAGCAGGGACUGGCCUGUUUGGAGAAAGCCAUACGGUUUGCAGAUCAGCUUCAUGUUAUUGACACUUCAGGGGUAGAACCAAUGGAUUCAGUUCUAGAGGACAGGGCUUUAUACCUCAGGGAUGACAAAGUAACUGAAGGCGACUGUGCUGAGGAGUUGCUGCAGCUCUCCAAACAAACAGUGGAAGAAUAUUUUGUUGCACCACCAGGAAAUAUUCCUCUACCUAAGAGGGAGGAGAGGACUGCUAUGCUGAAACACUCAGAGUUCUGAUGUGCAGAAACUCAUCAUCGCUAUUUUUGUUGGUUUUUAUAUGAAAGAUUGGGUGUGGCUGUCGUGAAAUCAACGAGAUUAUAUGGCUGCAGUGUUUGCUGAAAGUUGAGGACAUAGCUCCUAACUUUGCUUAUCUAUAUCUAAAAACAGUGUGCAAGAAACUAUCUAAUGUCCAGCAGGUGUCACAUUUAGCUACAAAAAACUAAACAUUUCCAGGGUUUCAGUUUCAAUUGGCACCCAUGUUUAAGUUUCACUACCAUUUUACAAAAAUAAUUGAUCAGCAUUGCAAUGCCUGAUGUAUGAGGAUUAAGGAAAAUAGCUAAACGUUUCUGAUACACACAAGUAUCUUUAUUUAAUGUCUCUUUUAUUUUAAGUCCAUUCUUUCAAAUCAUUGUUGUAUUUAUACAUCUAGUGUCCAUUUCCACUUAAUGAUGACCUCCUGAAUGUCUCAUAUGGCCUUCCUUUAAUUGAAAUCACCAUAAUUGUCAAGAAUUUCACACUAAAGAUGAUCGGAAAAUAAAGUUAUAAUCAGAA